AUGAGGAAGGCUGUGGCUAAUCGUUUAGAAGGGCUCUUUUUGAACGUUCCGCCUAGCAGGGACGUGCCGUUUUUGGGUCGCUCGGCUGCCACAAGGCUGGCUCGAUUACGCAGUAUCAUGGAAAUCUCGCCUGGGAUCGCUUCUUACCAUUGUCGACAUGUUAAAUUCAACAGGGUUUUGCAAAUGCAUGAAUCGGGUCGACGGGCCUCUGAGAUUUUAGCUAAUGCUAGAAGAAACGCUCGGAAACAGGACGAUUUUAGCCGUGGUGGCUUUCACUUUACGGCUAUAUGGGACCAUAUACUGGAGUCUCAAUGCGCCCACGCUAAUUUAACUGCCAAUGGCGACAGCGAUUGCUCACGCUGUCUUUUCGAGAGAUCACUGAGACUUCCGGAACUUCCAGAAAUGGUUUUUCCAAAAAAUACGCUUAUUGUCGACUUCAUACAAUUCCCAGGCUCCUCAAUCAGCUUCAGUGCCUUAGAAGCUCUCAAAAUGGUAUCAAGCGAUACACUGCCCGAUGUACAGGUAGCUCCUUCGUCUGUUUGGCAAGAAGCGAGGCAGGGAAUGACAGGAAGAAUGGCGCAUCCUUUCGACUGGACUUUUACUUCUAAAUACGCUGGAAGUGUACAGAAUUGCACGGUUGAAGUCACUAACGAUCCGAUCGACUUAGAACGCCUAAAGCGCCAGGAGCCAAUAGGUUUCUACGCUCAAGUCACGCUGUAUGAAGACGAGUUAGCUGAUCAUGGCACAGCACAGAUGUCUGUUCGGAUUCGCGUCAUGCCAGAUUUCUUUUUUGUGCUCAUGCGCUUUUAUCUCCGUAUAGACCGGGUACUAGUACGGGUAUGCGAUACUCGUUUGGUGGGUGAUAACGGCAAAGAUUACGUGAUAAGGGAAUGGAGCCUUCGAGAGGCGAAGGUAGCGGAUUUGCAACAUCUUCCACCGGAGGUCUUACUUGACGGAAACCAAGUGUGGGCAUCACUUCCCGUUGUCGAAAUGAAAAACGAAAAAAUUACACCGAUCUCUUCGGUGCGGCCAGCGACUUUAAGCAAAAUUGAAAGGAAAGUAAAAUUAACCGAAUGCGCUGCGAAUCUGGAUGCUUUUGAGUUCAGUGGUAUGUUUAGCAUCGGAUGA